UAACACAAAGUCCAGUUUGGUUUUUUCGGGUUCAAAGCCCAAUUCUCUUUCUCUCUCAUCCAGCUACGGCCGAAAACCUAGAUCUGAUUCACUACCGGUGCCUGAAAAACUCGUCGGCUUCGAAAUUCCUAUCUGGGUUUUUCUCAGAAUUGAAUUCCGGUAAUUGGGUUAUUCUGAAAAUUCAAAAUUUCCUACAGAUAAUUGAUAAGUGUUGUGCUUCCCACAGCCUUGAGCUUCUGGAUAUUGAUGGCGACCCCAGAAACCACAGCUACUCCAGCAACCCCCACUGAGAAUAAUGAGAUAGUGCCGAAAAAUGAGAUGAUUCAUGAGCAUGGUGAUGAAAUGGUGCCGCAAAAUGAGAUGAUACAUGAGCACAGCCAUGAGAUUGUGCCGGAAAAUGAGAUGAUACAUGAGCACAGCCCUGAGAUUGUGCCGGAAAAGGAGAUGAUACAUGAGCAUAGUCACGAGAUUGUGCCGGAAAAUGAGAUGAUACAUGAGCACAGUCACGAGAUAGUGCCGCAAAAUGAGAUGAUACAUGAGCAUAGUCAUGAGAUGGUGCCAGAAAAUGAGAUGACACAUGAGCACAGUCACGCGAUGGUGCGGGAAAAUGAGAUGACACAUGAGCAUAAUCACGAGAUGGUGCGGGAAAAUGAGAUGACACAUGAGCAUAAUCACGAGAUGGUGCGGGAGAAUGAGAUGACACAUGAGCAUACUCACGAGAUGGUGCCAGAACAUGAGAUGAUGCAUGAACAUAGUCAUGAGAUGGUGCCGGAACAUGAGAUGAUGCAUGAACAUAGUCAUGAGAUGAUACCGGAACAUGAGAUGAUGCAUGAACAUCAUAUGGUGCUUGGGAAUGAGAUAGUCCCCAGCAAUGAGAUGAUCCCACUAAAUGAGAUGGUCCUUGCUGAACCACAACCCAACUAUAUAGAAACACCUCCAAACAAUCCAGAAACACAGCCCAGCAAGCGUAGGAAGAAGAAGUCAAUAGUUUGGGAACACUUCACCAUUGAAAACGUUGGCGGUGGAACUAGAAGGGCACAAUGUAAGCAGUGCAAGCAAUCAUUUGCAUAUAGUACAGGUUCAAAAGUAGCUGGCACUAGUCACCUGAAACGCCAUAUUGCCAAAGGAACCUGUCCAGUAGUCCUACGUAACCAACAGAACAAUCAAUUGAGCCCGUAUAGUACACCUCCUAAGAUGAGUGGAUAUGGUGGUAGUACUGAUGCACCAAAACGGCGUUAUAGGACUGCAUCUGCUCCUUACCUUGCUUUUGAUCCUGACCGGUGCCGUCAAGAGAUCUCUAAGAUGAUCAUCAUGCACGACUAUCCCCUUCACAUGGUUGAGCAUCCAGGCUUUCUUGCUUUUGUUCAGAAUCUUCAACCUCGUUUUGAUAUGGUGAGCUUCAACACUGUGCAAGGAGAUUGUGUGGCAACUUAUCUCAGAGAGAAGCAAGCCAUUCAGAAGGUGAUUGAGGGAGUGCCUGGGCGUAUCUGCUUAACGCUAGAUAUGUGGUCCUCCUGCUACACUGUGGGCUAUGUGUUCAUAACCGGGCAGUAUAUUGACAGUGAGUGGAAAAUUCACAGGAAAAUACUCAAUAUCAUCAUGGAACCAUAUCCAGAUUCUGAGACGGCUUUCAGCCACGCUGUUGCCGCUUGCCUUUCUGACUGGAGUAUGGAAGGUAAGUUAUUUUCUGUCACUAUUAAUCAACCGUUGGGUGAUGCUGCUGUUGAUAAUCUUAGAGCUUUACUAUCUGUGAAGAACCCGCUUGUGCUCAAUGGUCAGUUGUUGGUCGGAAGUUGUCUUGCUCGAACUUUAAGCAGCAUUGCCCAAGGUGCAUUUAAGCUUUUGCAAGAAACUGUUAAGAAAGUAAGAGAUAGCGUCAAGUAUGUGAAAACAUCAGAAUUUCACGAGGAAAAGUUUAUUGAGCUCAAACAGCAGCUUCAAGUGCCAAGCACAAAGACUUUGGCUCUUGAUGACCAAACUCAAUGGAACACAACAUAUGAGAUGUUGUUAGCUGCAUCAGAGUUAAAGGAAGUGUUUUCCUGCUUGGAUACAUCUGAUCCCGAUUACAAGGAUGCCCUGACAAUGGAAGAUUGGAAGCAAGUUGAGGUUCUUUGUACUUACUUGAAAAUCCUCUUCGACACCGCCAAUCUUCUGACCGCACCAACAAUUCCAACAACCAACACAUUCUUCCAUGAAGCAUGGAAGAUUCAAUUGGAACUGGCUCGUGCUGCAGUAAGUGAAGAUCCAUCCAUAAGCAGUCUUACCAAAACAAUGCAAGAGGAGUUUGAUAAAUACUGGAAGAGUUGUUGUCUAAUAUUAGCUAUUGCCGUAGUAAUGGAUCCACGCUUCAAAAUGAAACUUGUCGAAUUCAGUUUUACAAAAAUAUAUGGUGAAGAAGCUGCCACCUAUGUGAAGUUCGUUGAGGAGGGAAUCCACGAGCUCUUCCUUGAAUACGUGGCACUUCCUCUGCCUCUGACCCCAGCUUAUGCUGAAGAGGUAAAUGAUGGGACUUUGAAGCAGGAGAAUGGUGGGGGCGGACUUACAGAUUUUGAUGCCUACAUUAUGGAGACAACAAGCCAGCAGUCAAGGUCAGAACUUGAUCAAUAUUUGGAUGAGUCCUUGUUGCCUCGUGUUCACGAGUUUGACGUUGUGGGGUGGUGGAAACUGAACAGAAUGAAGUACCCAACUCUGUCAAAAAUGGCUCGUGACAUCUUGUCCGUUCCAGUUUCUACUGUAACAGCCGAUUCUGUGUUUAGCACGGUAGGCAAAGAGAUGGAUCGCUACAGGUGUUCCUUGCGACCUGAGACCGUGGAGGCCCUCAUCUGCGCCAAGGAUUGGCUUCAAAAUGCAUCAGUAAAUACUUUACAUGCACCAAUAAAAAUGGAAGUCCCGAUUUAAGUUUUUUCUGUGAUGUUAAAUACUUGUCUAGAAUAGCCUUUGUAGCUGAUUUCUGUUUUCUUUGAGACUGUUAUAACAUUUGUCUCCUCCUCCCUGUCAUCCGAGAAUCGACUUUCUUGUAUCAUAAUUUGGUAUCACUAGAGACUUACUGGAGAGUUUAGUUGCGAUUUUCGAUGUCUUUUUUCGUUAGCGUCUGAAUGCAUGAAAGCAGUUUUAU